AUGACACCUUCUCAACUUAUCCACUGUUUUGCAUUUCUUGGCAUUCUUUUGGCUCUUCUUCUUUCUCGAUACCGGAGUGAUACCUCUAUUCUAAUUCCAUCUACCCCUCCAGCCAUGUCUUCCGGGCUAAAGUCUGUUGCAUAUUUCGUCAAUUGGGCGAUCUACGGGCGCAACCACAACCCCCAGGAUCUCCCUGCAGAUAAAUUGACCCAUAUCCUUUAUGCGUUCGCCAAUGUCCGACCCGAGUCCGGAGAAGUGUAUCUGACAGACACCUGGUCCGACAUCGAGAAACAUUACCCAACGGACUCCUGGAACGAUGUCGGCACUAAUGUCUACGGAUGCAUCAAGCAGCUGUUCUUGCUCAAACAGCAGAAUAGGCAACUGAAAGUGCUGCUGUCAAUCGGUGGAUGGACCUACUCGGCCAAUUUUGCCCAGCCAGCAAGCACGGAGGCCGGACGCACUAGGUUCGCUGAAACUGCCACGAGGCUGGUAUUGGACCUUGGUCUUGAUGGUUUUGAUAUCGACUGGGAGUAUCCUAAAGACGACUACGAGGCAUAUAACUUUGUGCUGCUUUUGCAGAAGUGUCGUGAGACCCUGGACAGAGCAGCUGGCCCAUAUCGGAAGUUCUACUUGACCAUUGCCUGCCCAGCAGGUAAGGAACAUUACUCAAAGCUCAGGCUUCGUGAAAUGACACCAUAUCUGGACUUCUACAACUUAAUGGCCUAUGACUAUGCUGGCAGCUGGGACAGUGUUGCGGGCCAUCAAGCAAAUAUCUAUCCUUCUCCUGACAGGCCAGGCUCGACCCCAUUUUCAACGGUCGACGCACUUACAUAUUAUGAGACGGCGGGUCUUGUGCCACGCUCUAAGAUAGUUGUUGGUAUGCCCAUCUAUGGACGUGCUUUCACUAAUACCGAUGGCCCUGGUACGAGUUUCUCCGGCGUGGGUGAAGGUAGCUGGGAGAACGGGGUUUGGGACUACAAGGCACUUCCCAGACCAGGUGCAACGGAGUAUGUUGAUCCCAGUAUCGGUGCAUCGUGGAGCUAUGACCCUGCAACCCGCACGAUGGUCUCGUACGACAAUGUGCGCAUGAGUGAGACCAAAGCAACUUUCAUCAGGCAUCAUGGACUAGCUGGCGGGAUGUGGUGGGAGACUAGCGCUGAUAAAGGAGGCAAGACUGCCAACAAAGCUGAUGGUAGCUUGAUCGGAACCUUCGUGGAGGGCGUUGGAGGACCGGCCGCCUUGGAUCAGACCCCGAAUGCACUUGAAUACCCGGAAAGCAAGUACGACAACCUGCGAGCCGGUUUCGCUUAG